AUGACUUUACAAUUAGCAGAUAAAUCAACCACUAUCCCUUAUGGCGUUGCACAGGACAUGUUAGUGAAAGUUGGCAAAUUUUUGUUUCCGGUAGAUUUCGUUGUAAUUAACAUGGAAGAAGACAAGGAGUCACCUAUCAUUCUUGGAAGACCAUUCAUGAAAACAGCCAGAAUGAUGAUCGAUAUUGAUGAUGGUAUAAUGAAGUUAAGAGUUCAAGAUGAAGAGGUAUGCUUUAAUCUUUUCGAUGCCAUGAAGCAACCAAAAGAUAAGAAUGACUGUUUUCGCAUGGAUGUUACUGAAGAGAGUGUAGUGGAAGUGGCAAACCAAAUUCAUCUAUCUAGCCUUUUAGAGAGAUCUCUUGUUGAAUCUUUCAAUGAAUUAGAGAAAGGUGGCAACACGAUCACAAAGGAGGACAAGGUAGAAGAUUUGGAGCUAAAAAAAGGAGUUAAAGAGUCAAAGGUAGAAUUAAAGCUACUCCCACCUCAUUUGAAGUAUGUCUUUCUAGAUGAAGAGGGAAAUAAACCUGUCGUUAUCAGUUCUAAGUUGACUACAAACGAAGAGGCAAGACUCAUCCAAAUUCUCCAAAAGAAUAAAGCUGCAAUUGGAUGGGUAUUGGCGGAUCUGAAAGUACAUGUUGUGCCAAAUAAGGGAGGCAUGACAGUAAUCCGUAAUGACAAGAAUGAACUCAUACCAACAAGGAUUGUAACCGGUUGGAGAAUGUGCAUCGAUUAUCGGAGACUCAACAAAGCUACGAGAAAAGAUCACUUCCCUCUACCAUUCAUGGAUCAAAUGCUUGAGAGGUUAUCGGGACAUAAUUACUAUUGCUUCUUAGAUGGGUAUUCCGGGUACAACCAGAUUAUGGUAAACCCAGAAGAUCAUGAGAAGACAGCUUUUACAUGUCCAUUCAGAAUUUUCGCAUAUAGACGGAUGCCAUUUGGAUUAUGUAAUGCUCCAGCUAUCUUCCAACGGUGUAUGCAAGCCAUAUUCUCAGACCUCAUUGAAAAAAGUAUUGAAGUAUUCAUGGAUGACUUCUCGGUAUUUGGAAAAACUUUUGAUAUGUGCUUGAAUAAUUUGGACGUGGCACUUGGAAGAUGUAUUGAGACCAAUUUGAUAUUAAAUUGA